GAUGAAGCGGAGUCGGUGUCUUUUGUAUGUCAACCGGACCUGGAGCUCUCAACCAGAAGAACUUCUCUGGAAUAGGAGUACUAGCCUCGUGUGACAGCUGGGUCUACGAUCACUCGACAUUUCUCAGCACAUUUACUGAGAAGAAGAACUUAGUGUGCAACGAGAAAGACCGCCGUGCCCUGGCGGACACGAUCUACAUGACAGGGGGUGGUGGUUGGGUCCACGAUCAUGGGCAUGAUAUCAGACAGGUUUGGCCGCAAGACGUCGAUGAUGAUUGCUUUGCUGCUCCACAUCGCCGCCUGCAUCGGCACCGCCUUCGCGACUUCAUUUCUCGUCUUCACCAGUCUCCGCUUCUUUGUCGGUGUGUCCAACAUGGGAAUCUUCCUGUCCGCCUAUGUCUUAGGCCUGGAGCUGGUGGGUGACAGGGUCAGGACGCUGUGUGGAUCGCUGUUCAUGAUGUUCUGGUGUUUCGGGCUCUUCAUUGAAACAGGCGUGGCCUAUGGGUUGCGGACGUGGUGGCACCUGCAGCUGGCCAUGGCAAGUCCAACGGUCUUAUUCCUGUCUUAUAUCUGGUUGGUUGAGGAAUCACCAAGAUGGAUGCUGAAUAAAAACAAACUCACUGAAGUCAACGAUCUACUUCAAAAGCUCGCUAAAAUCAACGGACGACCUACUCCGCCCAGUGUCUACGGUCUGGAGAAGCCCAAGGGAGAAAAUCCACUUCGAAUGUUCACAAACCGUGUAACUCUAGUCAGAACGUUAAUUAUCUUCCUUAACUGGAUGGUCGUAACACUGGUCUACUAUGGACUGAGUCUCAAUGUGGGCAACAUCGGCACCAACAUCUACCUCAGUUUUUUUAUGUCUGCGAUGGCGGAGCUGUUGGGCUACUUGCUCUCCAGUCUGCUGCUGGACAGAGUCGGGCGCAAAACCAUGUACUGUGGAAGCAUGAUCUUCAGCGGGCUGGCGUGUCUGGCCACGAUGUUCCCAGUCAUCUACGAUGCACAAUACAAGAAGGUGAUCAUCCUUGUUUUGUCAAAUGUUGGCAAAAUGGGAGCAUCGUCUGCUUACGCCAUUAUUUACCUCUUCUCGGCUGAACUUUUCCCAACCGUCGCCAGGAAUUCGCUGUUGGGAAUCAGCUGUACGAUUGGACAUUUAGGGGGAGUUAUCUCUCCAUACAUCUCCCAACUUACAGUCAUCGUGGGCGGGAAACUGGGUGUGGCUCUCCCCCUGGUCGUGAUGGGAGGACCGGGCCUCGGAGCCAGUCUUCUGGCUCUCCUACUCCCGGAGACGCUGCACCGGAAACUCCCAGAAACUGUGGAGGACGCGAUUAAUUUUGGAAAGAAAGCAUACAGCAAAAAUAUCACGAAUUUUGAGCACGAAAAUCAGGCCUUUGAUGACCCGCUAAACGAAUAGACUGCAACCAUUUCUUCCUGUGCCGUUCAAACAGUUUUCAAGAUGUUCUUCUUAAUGUUAUUGUGAUAUAGCCUCGGUUUCAAAAAGAGGUAUAAAACCAAACAUUUUAUACGUUCAUUAAUCGUCGCCAAUCCCAGGAACAAAAGAUGAGAUAGUCAAAUCGCUAUCCCACUAGACUCGUCAAGGAGUUUGCAGAUACUAGAUGAAGGAGCCGAGGGACUUGAGAUGCUGUAUGUGCUUGAAGGCAGGGCGAUGCUGUGUUGCUAUGAAACACAAUCUCACAAGGUUUUUGUACUGAGAGCUGAAAAUACAACCCUGUCACGCAGGGAGCGUGAUCAAUGUCUUCCUUCCAUCCUACUGUAAAUGCAUUUUCGGGCAUUAAAAUGCAUUAAAAUCGC